AUGGGGAGGCUCGUGGUGGCUCGGGAGGAGCACGGCGGCGCUGGGGUGGCUGAGGCCGUGGGUUGCAAAACAGAGCAAGGGAGUGGGAGGGCCUCGGGCUCCUGGGCGGCAUCGCUGGAGAGGCACGACGGCGUUGGCACCCGAAAGGGGCUAAGCCCGAGAUGGAGGGAGGGAGUGAAUGAACAAAGGCGCCGAAUAUCUCUUGGGAUGAAAGAUUCUUAUAUGAGGGACACGAUUGAUUUUCAACUACCCUCACAACAAGAGACGGAUGAAAGCAUUAGAGACAAUGAUUUUACUGAGUUGCUAACGUUUCCGGGUGGCAGUUUGCUAGGGGAUCAAAAUAUGGAUACUGAAGAUGAAAAUGGAGACUGCCCAAUUCUUGUGCAAGCAGAAUUGAGGGCUUCCAUUCCUCCACUUGACAUCAGUCUUGAUGACAUUGAUCCCAAUAUGGAUAACUUAGUAGGUCAAGAUCAAGAGAAUGUUGAUGAGGCAGGCACUGUAAAUGAAAGGAACAAGAAAAAAGCAAAUAAAAAGGCAAAGAAAGAGAGAGAGCAAGAAAUGAGGGCUGCUGAGGAAAGACUUGUGAAGAAUGACAUACCAAGAACUGCUGAUGAAUUUGAAAAACUGGUUAGAAGUUCUCCUUAUAGCAGUUUUGUUUGGAUAAAGUACAUGGCUUUCAUGCUCUCUAUGACUGAUGCCGAGAAAGCCCGUUUUAUUGCUGAAAGGGCCUUGAACACAAUAAACUUCCGAGAAGAGAAUGAGAAGCUUAAUAUUUGGGUGGCAUAUAUUAAUUUGGAAAAUGAAUACGGAAAUCCUCCACAGGAAGCUGUUAUGAAAGUAUUCCAGAGAGCUUUGCAGUAUAAUGAUCCAGAAAGGGUUUAUCUAGCACUUCUGGGAAUGUAUGAAAGGACUUAGCUACAUAAAUUGGCUGAUGAGCUUCUUGACAAAAUGAUCAAGAAGUUCAAGCAUUCCUUCCAGGUUUGGUUGAGACGGAUACAAAGGAUCUUUAAGCAAAAGCAGGACAAAAUUUAGCCUGUUGUAAGUCAUGCCUUAUUAAGCCUUCCCCGUGAAAAGCAUAUCGAUUUUAUCUCUUAGACUGCUAUUCUUGAAUUCAAAUGCGGUGUUCCUAAUAGAGGAAGAUCCAGUUUGAAAGAAUUCUACAUGAGAGCCCAAAGAGAACAGGUUUGUGGAGCGUUUAUCUC